AAAAAUCUGUGUGAGAGAAUAAAAUUUUUGCAAAAAUAUAUACAUCUAGGAAAAUAGUGAAUGAAUUUCUUGAAAUUUGUAUGAAACAAAAAAUAUAAAGCACAUGGAUGCAGAAUUUAUAAAAAUCUAAAAAGGUUUUUUCCUAAAAACCUCUAAAAAUUCGAAUGGAAAAAGAGAAAAAAACCUAUAUGCAGUUAGCGACGAAGAAGUAUAGAAGACAGCGAGACGACAUAGACAACGACGACAGCAGCGAAGUAGAAAAGAAGACGAGACCAGAAACGCCAAAAAGGCUCCAAACGAAAAUCCAACAAAAAACUAAACGGAGCUCCAAAUUGGCAUACUAAAAAAAAGCAGCUGUUUAGUAAAAGGAUUUUGCAAAAACACAAAAAACUUAUACUUAAACAAGAAACAUGUGUGAUAUUUGUUCAGAUUUUCAACAAUUAUUGGAGUCGUAUGAGGCCCGUAUUAUCAAUCAGGAUGCCAAACAUGCGAUUCUUUAUAAAAGUGAAAUUGAAACAGCAUUUGGCUACAUACAAGCCUGGCCUCAAAGGCAGUGUAUGUGUCUGUACCGAGAUGUUAAGAAUUUUGAGCGCUUUAAUUUAGUCAUACAAUCAAUGAUCUAUUUGGCUGUUCAUCAUUUGAAACACAUAAAAAGACUUAUAGAGGAUUAUAAAAAAAUUACAGCUAGCGCCGCACAAGUUGUGGCCCAAGCUCAAGGUCCUACACAAACUGAAAAAUCCGAAGAUAUAGAAUCCGCUACAGCUUCAACUGCACCAACGUCCUCCAAAGAUAAAGAGAACAACAAUAAAACUGAAUCGCAGGAAACGGAUAUAGAUAAAAGUAAGACAAAAGAGGAUGUAAAAUCACAAAAACCUAUUGAUAAAGCCAAUAGUAGUUUAUCAUCGCCGGGUGAUGAUAAUGCCAAUAAUAAUGCCACAACAAUAUCUCUAACGGCAUCACCAUCGUGUGCAUCUUCGGUACAGAGUUCACAAGGUUCCUGUGCAGCAUCGACAUCAUCUUCUUCAUUAGCGACAUCAUCAUCAUCGUCGUCCUCAUCAACAUCACAACAUACGGAAGAACCUUGGAUACUGCCAGAAGUUGAAAAACUUUUGUUACUCGUAUCCAAAGUAUUUUUGCUUAACUUUCCAUUGUAUAUAGCCUAUAAACAUGGUACUCAUGCACGCUUGGACGAUAUCUCCGCCGAGGAAGCACAACAUUUGGCAAUAUUUUGUGACCUUCACGACAAUGAAAUACCGGUGUAUUUGCUGAGAAAUACUAGCUUGUUUUGUAAUUCGAACGGCUUUGCUGCCAUGAUGUUGUGUUUUGAUCAGGCCGAUUUACCAGUGACCACAGCUCACGCUAUAACCGCAACUGUCUCGAAUAUAAAAUUAUGGUUACAUUACGGCUGUAUUGUACAAUUAUUUGUACCAUUACGCAGUAAAAUACUGCAAUACAUGUGUAAAUUAUCCGAUCAAAAUCUAAGAACUGCUGCCACACGAGCAAUGGCUGAUUUUGUGUGGUCCGCAGUACGAGAUCCCCUAGAUGCCUCGGUAAGCUUUGAUGUGGAAGGUUUGGCUUUGGCAUUUAAAUAUUUUACAUCGACUACACUGACUAUGAGAUUGGCUGGCAUUACACAAAUUAAUGCUCAUAUUAAUAUAUUUGGCGAAAUUGAAUCUGUGGUGGGUGAAGUCGAAAUUGUGGCCAAUAAAAUCGGCGAUUGGCUGACGGAAAAUCAAAUAAUACAACAUUUGUUUGGUCCCAAUCUUCAUGUUGAAGUUCUGAAACAAGCUCAUGUUGUUUUAAAUUUUCUUGCUGUCGAAAAUCAAAUUACCGAAGAACACAUAAAAUUAAUUUGGCAAGCUACACAACAACUAAAACACUGCUCCAAAACCAUAUUUGACAUCUUGCCAUCGUUGGUUAAGAACUUGGCUCCGAAACCAGCCAUGUAUUUGUAUACUCUUUUAUGUCGUAUGGACCCGAAAGAACAUACCGAACAGAGUAUUUAUAUAGCUUCGGCUUUGACCAAACUUAUAUGGUCACGCGAUAAAACCAGGUCACAAAUGAGUUUGGAGAACGAGAUAAUGGCAGCUACUAGUUCCGAUAGUGGCAGCAUGGAUGGCAGUAAUUCCGAUGAGGGUAAUGGUGAUGACAGCAGUUUGGCUAGUGCUCGCAAAAGUCCCAUAGAUAUUGAAAAUGUUUGUUCGUCCGAUACUGGGGUAACGCCAUGCAAACAGGCGAGACGCAGGCGUCAUGUUUGUGAUCCCACAGAAGAGAAAGGAAAACAAAUAUCGGAGGAGGAAAUUAAUAUAAUUAAUUCGAAAGUCGAUAUGAAAAUGAAAAAUCAUCGUAUAGUCAACAUAAUCGACAAUUCAAGCAGUGAGGAUGAUAUACAAAAAGGUGCCGUUAACAUACAAAUGCAUCGCAAGAAAUCUCGUAAGCGACGCAAGAAUAACAACAAUCUACCGUUGACACGUUUAGCUUACGAAAUUGUCGAAGCCAUUUGUGAUGGAGGAGAAGAUGAUGCUACUAGUGAUGAUGCAGACGAUGCCGAUGAUGGUGACGGUGAAUGUGAAAUGUUGAAUGAUAGCGACGAAUGCAGUGAUCCCGGCCAGGUGCCAAGUGCCGUGCUAAAACAUUUACAAGGUGAAGGUCCCUACAUCCGAGCUAUAGCCGAAACACACAUUAGUGAACUUUUAAGCGGUGCUGAAAAUGAGGGCAGCUAUUCGUCGCCCUUGAGUAAUAAAUCGGAGAAUUUGGAUGGUUUCGAAGUGGAGGAUAUUUGUGAAGAUGAAAUUGCUCAACUUGUGAAUGCGCAUAGUCAGCGUGGCAAACCGACUCCAGCUAUUUCUUCGUACGUCUGUAUCAAUAACCAGCUUGUCGAAUACACUCCCGAUAUGAGUGGCGUCGUUAAUCUAAAUCAGCAUCACAAUCAAGAAAUAGCUUCUCUGGUUAAUGUGCACAAUCAGCGUGUCACACAAAACACCAUGCCACCAGCUUUUGCAGCUGCUGCUGCGGCUAUGGCUGCUGCUCAUACCGCUAUGUCUAUGCAAAAAACUGAGGCUAAUGUGGCAGCAGCUGCUGCUGCAUUGGCCGCUGCUGCUGUAGCUACCGAUAAUGCUCAACAAACGUUGGUAGAUUAUCAAGGACGUUUCGUUGAAGCUAAAGUUAAACAACACUUGUUGGAUUUCCAGGAACGUGCAAAUACAUUGGCAGCAAAAGCCCUGGCGGCUGGAAUAAUAGACAUUAGUGGUGUUGCUAUCAAGGAGAGUAAUAAAAGUGUAUCUUCGACAUCGCCGCAACAGCCAACAUUUAAAAUUAACGAUGUUUGUCAGCCGGGAAAUACUCUAUUGUGGGACUUGUUACAGGACGAUAAAAUUACCCAACUUGGAGAAUCUCUAGCUAUGGAGGCAGAAAAGGCCUUGGCGACACUUUUAUGUUUCAGUAACGAUCGUCAGUUACGUACGAAAUUCAUUGAAGGAUGUUUGCAAAAUUUGGCAAAUAAUAAAAGUGUUAUCGUGUCAUUACGUUUAUUGCCAAAAUUGUUUGCAUCUUUUCAACAAUUUCGACCAUCCGAUACGCAUCAAGUUACUAUGUGGGCUGAGCGCCAGCAACGCAUGAUGUUUCAUUUCUUUAACAAUAUAAAAUAUUACGCCAAACGUCACAUGGAGAUACUGGCGGGCAAGGGAAAUGAAUAUCAACAAACUGACUUAUCUUUGUAUUCACACAAGACCCAGGUAUCGGUGCGUUUACAGUUUUUAUCUUCCAUAUUUUCGUUAAUGGGUUCGCCGAAAAACUUUCGUUUAAGCUUAGAACAAGUAGAUUCCUUGUGGGAAUGGUUGGCCCACGAUCCCGAAUGUGCCGAUUGUUAUUUCUCUUGGCUGCAAUUACAGGCCAAGGGUGGCGAACAGCAUGCUUUGGGCUUGGAAGCUUUGCAACAUUUAUAUUUGAAGAAAUUACCUGAAUUACGUCCCGAAGAAUUCUCAAUGGUUGGCUUGGGUCUAUUUCAGCAGCUGUGCAGUUUGGCCCGCAUGGCUAUAGCACAUUAUGAAAAACAAACAGAUUCCAUAUCGACAAAUUCGUCCAAUAUAGUGGGCAUGUUUCAUUUGUGGAAGAUAGCUUUAAGAGCCCACAACACUGAGGUAUCAUUGGCCGCCAUACAAUACAUAAAUAUGUAUUAUAUGGGUCAACAAUUGCGUUUGGAAAAAGAGUUUGUAUCACAGUGCAUGGAAAAUCUUGUGCAGGCUGCAAAUGCUCUGGAAUGCAACAACGAAGAUGAUAAUGCUUUAAUGUGUGUCCAACGUGGCUUAAUGCUCUUAAAUACACAUUUGGAAACUUUUCGCCGUCGCUAUGCUUUUCACUUGAGACGCUGGGCUAUUGAAGGCCAAGGCAUUGGCUCUCACAGUAAUUUAAAGAAUGAAGGCUCUGGUCCUGCCAUACGCAUUAUUUUACAACCAGCUGGUCUGUCGGAAAAAUCUAUUUUACACAUGCAUGCAUGUGAUUUAAUAGCAGAUUUAAAAGCCGAAAUUUCUAAAUGGUGGGAGAACUUACAAGGUACUUCAAAUUCGGGAGUAUCAGCUCCAGUUUUGGGUCUUUUAUUAAGUGAGGGUCCUUUGCGCAUAAUAACACAGGGCCAGGAAUUGACUUCGGAAUAUGAUGAAAGAAGUUUGGGUGAUGCUGGUUUUAAAGAUAAUCAGAUCGUUUACGUUUCCUUGGGUGGUCGUGGCGCGCGUCGUAAAGAAACGAAUGUUGAUCAUCCCUCGAUGCAACCGCCACCGCCUAAAGAAUGUUUACCCACAGUAUUAUUGCUGCAACCAAAGUAUUUUGAGAAACUUUUUUGCCUCAUGCAAACUUUGGGCGACAUGAAACCACAACCCAAUAAUUUGCAACUACACACCAAGGCUCAACUAUUGUCGCGUAGAGUGUGGGAUAUUUUAGCCAUUCUGCCUACAAAUCCCAUGAUUUUGGAUGCAUUCAAAUGCCUAACUAAUGACUUGACUAUAAGUGAACAGCUGGAUACGGAAGAGGCAAAGAUAAACAAACAUAAAGAGAUUAAACAGAAACUGUGUGAAUUGUUAGAUCCCACAAAUUUACAGAAAUUCAUGUAUUCUUUGCACAUAGUAGAGAGCCUAGCAUUGAAUAGUGUUUUCCAGCAACGAGGAACACCCUGUUGCAGUGGAUCCAAUGGUAAUGUAAUGGCCAUGGAACAACAACAACAGAGCAGAGGAUCAUCUGUGGCGAAAAAUAAAAAAAGUGGUGGCAGUGGCGGCAGUGGUGGAGGAAGUGGCUCAGGUUCUGGUAGUGGUAGCGGUGGUGGUGGUUGUGGCAGCAGUACUGUGUGUAGUGGCAGUAGAAGACGCAGUAGUGUAGAUUCAUCUUUUAAAGAUGAAAACAAAAAAUCUGCUAAUAAUGUUAGUGAACAUCAUAAGGAAAAGGACUCUUUUGAUUCAUUAACACCAAAAGAAUUGAAUUCUUCUAUGGCUUCGGUAAACAGCUCAGAAUGUGAUCAUCCGCUUAGUGAUCAUGUAUCUGGUGGCAUAAAUGACAAAGAAAACAAUCCCGUCAAGGUGGCUAAAAAACAUAAAAAGUCUGAAUGCAGCAAUGUGUCAUCACAUUCCUCGGUAACACAAAUGGAUUUGUUUAACACUUCUAUAUUCGAUACAAAAUGGAGCGAAACGUUCAUUAAGUGUGGUGGUCUCAAACAUCUCUACGAUAUAUUCAUAUCGGGUAAGUUGCAGCAAAGUUCUUACCCCAAAGAGUUGCUCAACGAAUGGCGUCACGACUGCUUGGCCAGUCUCUUGCGCAUUCUUUGGCUUUUGGGUUUCGAAGAGGACUUUCAUGAAGAUAUGUUGGUGUCCAUAUCAAAGCCUAAAGAUUUUAUGCUGGAAAUGAUGUCUGUGGAUCCCUGUUUGAAACGUUUAUCAGCCAUAUUAAAUGAUGAGGCCUAUUCGAAUUACUUAGCCACUACCUCCGCUUAUCAAUAUCAUCACUUGAGGACAGGAUUUUGGGGACGGGCCCAGGUUGUACAAUUCGCCAUGAAUAUAAUGGUUAGUUUUGUGCACGCCUCUUCGGAUGCCCGUUGUUCUUUGUGGGCCCAUCCAGAAUAUUGUAACUGGGUACAGAAAUUCAUCUUAGAGGAUCCUGAACCGGCUGUAAGACGUGAAAUAUGUGCUGGCUUAUAUCGAAUCUGUUUGGGUAACUCACAAUCAUAUCAGCUGUUAUUGGCUCCACUGUUGAGAAAGUUGAUUUCAUUCUUGUCUGUGGCUGAGAAAAUGACUUCAUACAGUCAUCAUAAUCCCUACAUGCUCAGCGAUGAUGGAAAAGAACCCUAUGGACCAGCUUGUCGCGAUUACUUUUGGCUUUUGGCUAGACUAGUGGAUACAUUGUCCCCAGAAAUGGUGAAGACCUCUCUGGAGUCGUCUUCAUUUAAUGAAGAGGCCAUAGACAUUGAGAAGCUUUGUCAGUCGGUGGCCCAAAGUAUACUAACCAGAGACUUUUAUGAGACCCGCUAUGGCAUGCAAGAUGACGGCUUAGUUGGUUUAAUUAAUCUCAUGUCGAAUUUAGUAAAAUAUGAUCCCACAUUUAAAUUCAGCACGAAAGUUUUACAGUUUAUAGAACAAAUCUUUGAGUUUUUAUUCGAUAUGCCCUCACCUCAUAAUCGACAGAAACCAAAAUGCAAAUCGGCCACCUCAAGAGCCGCAGCUUAUGAUCUACUAGUGGAAUUGUGUAAAAAUUGCCCCAAGAAUUAUAUAUUCCUGCACAGCAAACUACUGGCCCAGCAUACGCCUGGACCUAAGCCUCCCUAUCCCUGGGAUUACUGGCCCAGAGAUGAGGGACGUUCGGAAUGUGGUUAUGUGGGUCUAACGAAUUUAGGUGCCACUUGUUACAUGGCCUCAUGCAUACAGCAUCUUUACAUGAUGCCUCAAGCUAGAGCUGCCGUCUUGCGUAUACCACCCAAUAAAGCUCAGAAACAUGCUCCCACUCUGUUGGAACUACAACGAAUGUUUGCUUAUCUUUUGGAAUCCGAACGUAAAGCCUACAAUCCUCGUUCAUUCUGCAGAGUCUAUCAAAUGGAUCAUCAGCCUUUGAAUACUGGCGAACAAAAGGACAUGGCUGAAUUUUUUAUUGAUCUCGUUUCGAAAUUGGAAGAAAUGACUCCAGAUCUUAAAGAUUUAGUUAAACGUUUAUUCUGUGGCACUCUAAGCAACAAUGUGGUCUCACUUGACUGUGGUCAUGUUUCGCGCACGGCAGAGGAAUUCUAUACAGUUCGUUGUCAAGUCGCGGACAUGCGCAAUUUACAAGAGUCUUUGGAUGAAGUAACCGUAAAAGACACUCUGGAGGGUGAUAACAUGUACACAUGCUCACAAUGCGGCAAAAAGGUUAGAGCAGAAAAGAGAGCUUGUUUCAAAAAGUUACCUCAGAUUUUAUGUUUCAACACAAUGCGUUACACAUUCAAUAUGGUAACUAUGCUCAAGGAGAAAGUAAACACUCACUUUUCAUUUCCCAUGCGUUUAAACAUGUCCGAUUAUGUGGAAAAGACCCUAAUGCCACAUCAAUACAAAGAAGAUCGUGAGAAACGAAGAAUGGAACGUGAUAAUGAUGCUGACGAUUUGGAAGAUGAUUUAGAAGAGUGCUUGGAAUAUGAAUUGGUGGGUGUGACAGUUCACACUGGCACGGCGGAUGGUGGACACUAUUACAGUUUCAUAAAAGAGCGUAACAAAUCAGCCAUGCAGCAUGACAGAUGGUUUUUAUUCAACGAUGCCGAGGUAAAACCCUUCGAUCCUUCACAAAUAGCGGCCGAAUGUUUUGGGGGUGAAAUGACGAGUAAAACUUAUGAUUCUGUGACCGAAAAAUACUUGGACUUUAGUUUUGAAAAAACUAAUUCGGCUUAUAUGCUAUUCUACGAACGACGUUUGCCAGAACAUUUAAAGGAAAAACAUGCUCAUCUUUUAGCCUCACCCACCAGCAUCAACACUACUAUAACAAAACCAUCUAUGCCAGAAGAACAAGAACCAAAUAUUACAGUUACUGAGGCAAUGGAUGUCCAAAAGGAAUCAAAUAGUGAACUUAAUUCGAAAAUGGAAGUAGAUGAAGAAGAUGAUCAUGCAAAUAAAAUAAAUGCAGCCAAUUGUGAUAAUAAAACAAAUGAAAAUGAAACUGAGAAGGAGGACGAUAAGAAAAUGGAAGUGGAAGUGGAAAAAGAAAAAGAAAAGCCUACUGUAAAAGAAGACGAUAAAGCAAAUAAAAAAGAAAGAGAACCAGAAACAGAAACACCUUCAACUUCGUCAGGAUCUUCACCCACAUCCCUGACUACACCAGCUAGACAGACUGAAAACCCUUGGAGACCACAAUUGAGUAAAGAAUUGGAGGAUUGGAUAUGGCAGGAUAAUAGACAAUUUUUACAAGAUCGAAAUAUAUUCGAACACACUUAUUUCAAUUUUAUGUGGCAAAUUUGUGGUCAUAUACCACAAACCUUAAUCGCACAACAGGACGUUACUUGUAUGGCAGCCAAACUAUCGGUUUCAUUUUUCAUUGAAACAUUUAUACAUGCCAAAGAAAAGCCUACUAUGGUUCCAUGGGUGGAAUUGUUAACGAAACAAUUUAAUGCCAGCCAGGAGGCUUGUGAAUGGUUUCUCACACACAUGUCUAUCGAACCUUGGUGGCCGGUCCAAGUUUUAAUACAAUGUCCAAAUCAAAUGGUUCGUCAAAUGUUUCAACGUUUAGUGAUUCAUGUUAUACAGAGACUACGUUCAUCACAUUCGCACUUGUAUUUGAAAACCGAAACCGAUAAUGAUGGUAAAGAGAUUAUUGGUAAUGCCUCUUGUGUUACUCGAUUUAUAAGUUCCUUAAUACUACUAAUGGAACAUGGUGCUAAGGCUCACUUGAGGCAUUUAUCAGAAUUUUUCGGUUUACUCUUUGAGUUCUCACGCAUGGGAGAUGAAGAGACGGUGUUUUUGCUGCGCAUAGGUGUUAUUAAAAGUGUGGCCGAUUUCUAUUUGGGCAAUAAGACACAUGAUAAUCUUGAAGUUGGUUCUGAUAACGAUGACAACUCUUCAGAUGAGGCUUUAUCGGUAGAUAAAACCAGGCCAGCAUCUUUGGAUAAAAUGAUUGCUUUGGUAGCCAGUUUAGUGGAAAGAUCAAGAGGUCAAGACUUAAGAUUGAAAUUAUCCACCAAGGACUAUAAUGCUAUAGCAGGCGGAAAAGGCUUUCCAUUUCUAUAUCAACAAAUCAAGGAUAAUAUUAAUCCCCAUCAAACCAAACACUUGAUUCACGCUCUCUGCCGUUGGGAUGAACGUUUAGCUAAUCAAAUUAUAACCAUGUUAUUUGCUUCCGUUACCAAGCAUACAGAAUUGUGUGGACCCUUCUUUAAAUUGCUAACAUUGCUAACCGAAACUCAAGGUGGUCCUUCAGGCUUACCCUGUUUUUCACAAUUAGUAUUGCAGCGUGUUUGGGAUGCGGCGGAAUACUGCCCUCAAUCUGCUUUAGAUUGGUUGGCUUUUCAAGCUCCCAAAAAUAAAAUAGCUCAUGCAUGGAUCUUGCAAUCGGCUGAUACUUGGGUGGAACAAUAUUUAUUAGCUCAUCAUAAUUCAAGAGUUCGUAAUGCUGCCGCAUAUUUAUUGGUUUCUUUGGUACCCUCUCAGCCAUUUAGAGCCAAUUUCCGUACACAUUCUUUGCAUAAAUUAUCCUCUAAUUCAUCUUAUGUUUUCCGUGAACUUAGUAAUGAUGCACAAAUUAUAUUACACUCUAUUAUUAAUCUUUUGCUGCGUUUAUUACGUGCUGCUCGAGCCUAUGCCGAUAUUGGUGUACAUGGCACAACAAAGCUAACAUCAUAUUUUAGCCUUUUGGGCUAUUGCAUGGUUUCUAAAACUGAAAAAGUUAUGAUGGGACCGUAUAUGCGUGCUUUAUGGGAUCUGUUUCAUCCUCGGCUAUCAGAGCCUAGUGUACCGGCUCAUCAUAAUAAACAUGCAUUAUUAGCAUUUUGGCAUCAUACCAUUGUUGAUUGUCCAGAGAAUGCAUUAAUAGUUGCCAACUGUCCAGAAAUAACAAGAAAUAUAGCAUUUAAUUAUAUAUUGGCUGACCAUGAUGAUUCGGAAAUAGUGGCUUAUAAUCGUGCCAUGUUACCCGCCUAUUAUGGUUUAUUACGUUUGUGUUGCGAACAGAGUCGUAGUUUAACACGCCAAUUAGCUGCUCACCAAAAUCUCCAGUGGGCCUUUAAGAAUAUCACACCACAUCCCACACAAUACGCUGUCGCUGUUGAUGAAUUAUUUAAAUUAAUGACUUUGUUUGCCACACGCCAUCCCGAUGCUAGUGAUCAAGAGAAACAUGAAGUCACCACAUUCCGUCGUACAACAUUGUCGGCCUAUUUAACGGGUCUGGAUGCGAGAGUAUCAUGGGGUACAUUGAUAAAUGCUUUUAGAAUAUUGGUUGACAACGAUGAAGAUCGUCUUCUUGUUAUUUACAACGGUGGCAUUGAAAUGUGCUUUGAAGCUUUGCACACACUACAUUCCAUGCAUCAUGAAGCCACUGCCUGUCACGUUUCGGGUGAUUUACAGGAAUUGCUUAGCGAAAUGGUCUUACUAUUAAGUACUUUACGUUUAAGUACACGUUUAGAUAGUCCAACUAACAAGAAACAGCAGCAGCAAUUGGAACAACAGGUACAACAAUUGCAACAGCAACAUCAGCAACUAUUGCAAAAGCAACAGGAGCAAUUGAAACAGCAGCAGCAAUCUCCACAAACGCCACAACAGACAGCACAACAGCAGAAAGAGAAACAACUGCAACAACAAAUGCAACAUAUACAAUUGCAACAAAUGCAACAGCAAUUGCAACAACAACAUUUCCUAAGGCAGCAUCAACAACAAACUGCCUUGCUUAAAGGUUUACCGGACGCUGUCAAACGAUUGGCCACCUUCUUGAACACUUACAACCCACCUGAAAUAUGUAGACUUUCUCUGGAGGUACUUAAAGAACUAGUACGUAAUCCCAAUUUAGAUGUAACCACCAUUUUGGCACCCAUCUUAAUCAAUUGCCACUUGUCGGUGGCUAAUGCUCCCACGGCUAUAGGAGCCCUAGGCUCAUACUUUCCUCGUAGAGGUAAAACCACUUGGCCAACGAUAACGAAAAAUAUGCCCAGACCGCCCAGGCCCAUGGUACAAAUGUGUAUACCGCAUAGUGAGUUUUUGGAAGUUCAACGUGGCGUAGAUCCAGAAUACGAUGCUCAAAUUGAUGCCUUCUAUAGACCCUAUCAUGACUUUUUGGAUGUUAUGAUGCGCAUGGCCGUAAAUACCAAUCAAUUGAAUGAUACCUUAGUGAAGUUAUCAUGUUUGGUAGCCAUAGAAGCGGCUCCCUUGCAUUUCAAUUUAUUCCCAAAGUUUUGGGUGGGCAUUUAUAAUAAUAAAAGUACCAACAAGUAUGCUGAAUUAUUGAUAAACAAUCAAUAUUUAGUUGAAUACAUCCAUAUUAUAUUACGCGGCUGUAGAGUUUCCCUAAGUGAUCAAUUUAUAAGAGCAUUUUUGGAAAUAUAUUAUCCUAAGGUGAUUUCAUCACAAUUGCCCAUAGCUCGUUUGUUGUAUUCCAUAAGUUAUUCUAUGCAUUCGAAGGAGGAUCUAGAUGAUUUGUGUGGUGAUUUAUUUGCCAUACGUGUAGUUGCUCAAUGCACUGGUAUACCUACAUCAGUGCGCAAACAGUUAAGAGGAUCUCUGAAAGCUUUGCUCUAUAAAAGUGCACGUUAUCAAGAAAUCGCUGAAAAUGAACUAUUUCCAAACAAAAAAAUUAAAUUAGACCACAACGAAUCUAAAGAAAAGUCUGAUAAUUCAGCAUCCAAGGAUGACAGUACGGUAGCAACAAAUCAAUCACAAAAAGAGAUCGUCUUAGAACGUUCCGAUGAAGCCAUGGAUACAACGAACAAUGAUGACAACAUAGACAACAAUAAGAAACACAAUAACGAAGAACAAACUGCCCCUCCAGCGCCAGACCUUAAAGCAGUAGUAGAACAGAAAGAAGACAAAACUGCAGACAUGGAAGAAGCCAAUGCCACACAAGAAGAUGAAGAAAUGAAAAAUGCUUCCGAUAAAUUAGAAGACUCAAAAGAAACGGAAAAUGAAUGUGGUAAGUUAGAAAUUAAGGACGAACCUACAAAAAUAGAGGCUAUAAAAUCACCUGCUAAAGAUAUAAAAGAUGUAAAUAAAGAAGAAUCGCCCUCCACAUCUGCGGCUGCAGCAGCUGCAAUGGCAGCCGCCAACGCAACCACAGCAGCAACCUUAACUGCAACCACCACCUGUGCAACACCGAAGAAUAUAAAUAAGAAAACUGCCGAAGAUCGUUUGUUGGAAGAGCAUGACAAACGUAUAAAACUCUUAAUGACCAUGGAAACGUACAUUAAAAGCAUUUUGAUACUAAUGCAAAAAGACGAAAGUAAUUCCCCAAAUGCCACAACCAGCAGCACACAGCCCAUCAUGGAUGAUACCAUGGAGAGUGAACAAAAUACCACCCCAGUACCAGAGAGUAGCGAUGAAGGUGGUUGUGGUGGCAAUAACACUUCACAAGGCAGUGCCUUUAAUAUAAGUUGUUCAUCACCCGAUCUACAAAAACAGCAGCAGCAAGAUUCACAGAAAAACGAAUUGCCAGCAAAUGCUUGUAAUGAUGUAGAUGAUGUACCCUCCUCCUCUUCUACAACGCAAACGGCAAUUACCUUGUCUAAAGAUAGCGCAACAGUAGCAGCAUCAGCUGAAGGCUGUGCAGAAAAAACAAAUGUUGAUGGUGCGAAAUGCGAUAACCCAGCAACCCAAACGCAAAAAGCUAAUAGUGAUGAUAUUAUUACUAAUACUACAACUGCUACUACUACUUCAACUGCUACUAAUAUGGCCUCCACGUCCACGGCUGCAAAUACGCCGCAAAUUUAGUUAUCGUUUAAUGAUUUGUUAAAUAUAUUAUUUUUUGGCAAAAUGCUAGAUUAGCAGUGCUAAGCACACUUUAAUUAUUUAUAAUGAUAAUUACACAUAGUUUUAAGUUUUUACUUUUUUUUUUAUUUUAAGUUUACAUGAUUUCAACUAUUUUCUCCCCACUCCUGUCUUGGGUUUAUCUUUUCCUAUUUUAUUUGUUUAUCUUAUUUUAGUUUUUCUUUUAAGCUUUAAGCCCCGGUCUCUUUUAAUUAAGCUUCCUUGUACAUGCAAAUGAUUUAAGGAACACGAUUAAGAUAUUUAUUAUGUUUAAUCACUGCUAAACGUUGAUUAUAUAAAAAAUGUAUUUUAAAAGACUUUUUAAAAAAUAUGUUCUUUACUUUAUACUAUAAUAUACUGUAAAUUUUAAAUUUGAAAAAGUAAUAAACAGGAAACGAAUUUGAAUUGAGUUGUGAUAAGAAAUCAAAUCUUUCUUAUUAAAAUGUUCUAAGAGUUCAACAUAGAAUUGAGCAUAAGACCAAUUUUAGUGACAUUUUAUUGAGCAGUCUCUCGAAAAUGUUUAAGAAUAAAUAUAUUUAAAUAAAUAAACUAUCGAAAUAAAGACAAGUUCUGUAAAUAAUAAAAAAUGAACCGUUACUUGUUCUAAUUCCAUAAAAGUCCUGUGUAAUAGAAACUUAGUAUCCGUAAUAGAAACAGUAAUCGUGAUUUUGUUGCUUAUAUCUCAGCCAUUUAUAGACCGAUUAUGCUGAUUUUCAAUACCAAAAUUCUAAUGAGCCUGCCACCUGGCGCCGUAAAACGUAUUUUAACCACUAUAUUUGAACAGACGGACAUCGUUAUAUCGACAUUCCUACAUUUAAGGAUCCUGAAUGUAUAACAAGGGACUAUAUUAAAAACCAUCAUCAUAUUUCAGCUCUUCUAUUCUUGUAAAUUAUUCCAAUUAUUUGUAGGUUAUAAGAGUUCCAGUUCAACAUGACAUGAAUACGGUUUAAAUUUCAAUACGAAAAUCAAAAUUUAGUGCAUCCAUUUGGAAUAUAUAAUAACAGAUACCUUAAGAUCUUUCUUAACAUAAGGAUUUAUAUAUAAACAUAAAAUGGGCGAUAUCUCGAAAACGCUUAAAUCAAUUUAAAAUAUAUUUUUUUCGAUUCUUGAUAAACAAGUCCAAAUUAGUAAUAAAACAUAUUUUGCAAGUGGAUAUUAUACAAAAUUGAAUUUAAUAGUUACUAUUCAAACAUUUUUUGAAUAAUUAUAAAAAAUUCAAUAAUAUUGCAAAAAGUAUGUUUAUUUAUUUGAUGUCAGCCUAUUUACUGAAUAUAUUGCCAUCAAAAACUGAUUUUCAAGAAAAUCUAAAAUAGAGGGUAUUUGAAUAUAGUCCUUCGAUAUUACAAACAGAAUGACAUACUCAUAUAGAACAUUACUAAUCAUGGCGAAUUACUAAUCAUUUGCUGCAACAACAUCAUAACUCAAAAUCCGGGUGUUUUGAACUGAACAAUACAAAAUAUUAGCCGUUAUUUAGUCUUUCAUAUAGUUAUCGGUUUAAAAAAAUAUAUAGUUAGUAGCUUUUAUUAACCAUAUAAGGCCCUUAAGGGCUCGGUUGUAAAUGUAAAUGAAGAAUUAAUAAAAAAAGUCUAUUUUUUUGUAUGAGAGUGUUUUUUUUUGUAAACGUCAAAAUAAAAAUUCAUAUUUUCUGGUACAUAUAUUUGACAAGUAAAAAAUUGGGUUAAAUACAGAUUAGAAAGAUAUUAGUAUAUACUAUUUAAAUCAGAUUUUAUUUCUGAAAUCGCAUGAUUUGAUGAAAAUUGAUUUAAGAAAUAGUAAAAUGUCAUAAAACAUUCAAAGUCGUUUUUCUCGAAACGACUUUUUUUUGCACAUAAAUUAUAAAUAAAUUAAAUUUUUAGCUUCGUGUGGUACGGUACAAUACGUCAGAGUAACUAAUAGCGUUUUUCUUUUUAAAAAUUAUCACAGGUUAUCAAUCGUAAAAUGUUGCCAUCACAUUAUCAAAAUCAUACAUUUUGUUUGAUCGCCAUUCAAAAUAUAUGACAAUAUUCUCACCCUGUGUGAUCGAGCAAGUUCAGUGUACAAUUUUUAAAAUUUGUUUACAUUUUUCUUAAAAAGAACUGACUUCUGUAAAGCUACACAGACAGAUGUAUUACAGACAUUGAUUUACAGAAUAACCCCCUCUUAAUUAAAAAUUAUGCGAAGGCAACAAUUAAACUCAAUAAAUAAUUAACAUGAUUAUUUUUAUAUUCUUUUUAAUUAAACAAAAAACGAUGCUUUAACAAAUUAUGUACGUCUGUUCUUAUUUUCUUUUUUUUUUUGUUGAUUAUUAGUUGAAAAUUCUUCUAGCUUAUUUUAUUUCAUAACUACUGACAUCUUACAUCAAUGUUUGCUCUAUUGAAUAUAAAAAUAUGCAUAAAGUCUGUAUAUUAGAAACCAUGAUUGUUAAUAUGUAGUUCUAUCUUGUAUCUACUUUUCCUAUUUUUAACACUUAUUGUUAAAACUUUACUGUAUUUAUAUAUUUUUUUAAUUAUUAAUAGAUUUUAUUAUUUAAUUUUGUUUUUUAUUUUCCAAUUAUUUAUUGUGUAAAUGAAAGAAUUUUUGACCUAAGGUCAGGAUUUAUGCAACUCAAAAACUAAGUUGAAGUUCAGAAAAUGAAAUUUAUAUAAAAAAAAUAAAGAUAAAGAUUUGCGCAUAUUGAAAUGUAACAUUAAAAAGAUCAUUUUUUAUAAAUGAAUAAAGCAACCCAAGGUUGUUUUUUUUUAUCAUAUACACAAACACACAUUAAAAUAUAUAUAUUUUUCAAAAAAUUAAGAGAAGAACCGAAAUUCUACGGAAAUAGUGUUUGGUUUUUUCUUAUUGUUUAAAAUUAUUCAAAUUAUUACAUACAAACAUAUAUUAUAUUAAUAAUAUAAUUAAGAAUUUUAUAUAUAUAUAUAAAAAAAAACAUAAAAAUACUUGAAAUAAAAUUGAGAAAAUAAAUAUUUUUUAAGCGAAAAUAAAUAGAAAAUCAACAUAAAAUAAAUAAAUAACUUAAUUAUUACCUACUAAAAAAUUAUAAACAAAAACUAAAAUAUUUUAAAAAUGUUUGAAAAUUAGGCUAAAAAACAAAACCCUUCCCCUUAAAUAAACUAAUAAAAACUUUCUAAAUGUAAUAACUAAAUUAAACAUUAUUACAUUAACAAAACAACAUAAAUAAUUAUUACUCUCUAACUCUGCACCCCAUUUCAUUCAUUAAAAUCGAAAAACAAAAAAUAAAAAUAAAAAAUAUAAACUAAACACACAUUUCUUACAACAAACAAUAAACACGAAUACUUUCUUUGUAGUUAAAAAAUAAUAUGGAAAUUAUAACGAAUCUAUUAAAGUGAAAGGUGAAAAAUGAAAAUAAAUAAAAAAUUAUCACUCUUAAAUGCUUUCUGAAAACAUUUAAGCUGUUUACAAACUGAAAACAAAGGAAAGGAAGAUAAAGAUGCUAUUGUUUAAAACAUGUUUAAUUAUUAUUUUGUAUGAUUUUUAAUUGUUUUUUUUUUUUUAAUAAAUUAUAAAAAUUCAUUUAAAUAUUUGUUCAUUACGAGACUUAAAGAAAAUGAUAAUGCAACCAACGAGUUAUCAUUUGUUCAUAUUUAUGACGGCAUGUUUUUAUUAUAAAACAUUUAAAAUAGUUUUUAGAUAUUUUUUUUAUUAUUAUUAUUAUUAUUGAUUUCAUUUUUUAAAUAUAUUUAUAAGAGUAAUUAAUGAAUGCAUAAUUAUCACAUUAUUUACAUUUAUAUUUUUUAAUAAAUUAAUUUUGAAUAUAUAUAUAUAUAUAUAAAUAAA